UCACGUGACCAUCAGUCAGGAAAAGAAGAAUGAAGGGAGGAAAACUGUCUGCUGGCGACCAAUAACACUCUCAAAAGAUCAGAAAUGGGAUGGAGAUGUUCAGCAAGCGCCGGUGUUUUGAUUGACUGUUGGAAGGAGGCCACACGUGAAGGGUGCAUAGAAGAGCUUUGAAUAAAAAGAGACAGGUGCCCUCGCCAUCAUGAAGUUGAACGAGAGGAGCGUGGCACAUUAUGCCACAUGCAACUCUCCUCCAGACAAGACAGGCUUCCUCUUUAAGAAAGGGGAACGUAACACGGCAUACCACCGCCGCUGGUUUAUUCUGAAGGGCAACAUGCUGUUCUACUUCGAGGAGCGGGAAAGCCGAGAGCCGAUUGGCGUCAUCGUCCUGGAAGGCUGUACGGUGGAGCUGUGCGAGUCUGAAUCCGAAGAGUUCGCCUUUGCUGUUAAAUUCGACUGCGUCAAAGCGAAGGUCUACAAGAUGGCCGCGGAGAACCAAGCUGCGAUGGAAUCGUGGGUCAAAGCUCUGUCACGGGCGAGUUUCGACUACAUGCGGCUGGUUGUGAAAGAGCUGGAGAGGCAGCUGGAGGAGGUACAAGAAGAAGCCAGAUCAGCACAAGCCAAAAGCAAGCCGAAGAAGCAAGUGCAGGGAGCAGCAAGUGUCCAAUCCGCAACCUUUUCGCUACAGAACGUCGCUAUUACGGGGCCUGUGCAGGAAGGGGUGUCUAGUAGAGAAAAUGGGGUGUCUUGGAGUAAACCCGCUGGCGUGCCAAAUGGUGUCAGUGAGGGCUGCGCAUGGGAAGGGGACUGUAGCGGGAAGGGGGAUGGAGUCAGACCACCUCCGGUGCCUCCGCGGAGGAAGACCAACGGCGGGUCACUCGAGAGUCCCGUUUCACCCGGCACAGGCUGCUUUUCUAAACUACAUGACUGGUACGGAAAAGAGGUAGCUGAACUGAGAAUAGAAUGGCUGCAGAGCCAGUGAAUGAAAAGUGGAGGCCAAAUCCACUAGAAACUCAAAAUAUACACCCGCACACAUGCAAUCUCAGUUCUAGACAUAAUAGGUCAAAUUCAUCUUAAAACAGAGAGAGCAUUAGAAUGAUAAUCGCUUGUCAAAUGUUACUGAUUUUUUUAUUUUGUUAAACAAGACCAAGCCGUUUGUAAAGGAACAUUCUGUCAUUUACUCACCCACAUGUCGUUCCAAAACAUCCCUGAAAAGUCCAGUUAAAAAUUAAUCAAAGGAAGUUUUUAAUACACUUUUUAAAUACACAUAACUAACAGUAUGACAACAUAAACAGCGGCCUUGACCUAUUUUUACAAAGCAUUUUAAAGGAAUAGUUCACCCAAAAAUGAACAUUUGUUGAAAAUGUAUUCACCCUCAGGCCAUCCAAGAUGAAUUUGUUUCUUUAUCUGAACAGAUUUGGAGAAAUUCAGCAUUACUAGCUCACCAGUGGAUCCUCUGAAGAUUUUAAAAUUCAUUUUUGUGCAUUAGUUCAAACUGUGUGUUCUAAUGAAUCGAUUCAGUACUGAUUCAAUGAUUCAUUUAGGUUGACACAGAACAAGGUUCUAGGAAGUGCAAUAUUUUUCAGUAUAUUAAAGAAACAGUUCAACCAAAAAUGAAAAUUUGCUUAAAAAUUACUCCCACUCUCACCAUCCAAGAUGUAAAUGUAAUUGGAACAGAUUUGGAAAAAUUUGGCAACAGAGUAUGCACUGCAGUGAAUGGGUGCCGUCAGAAUGAAAGUCCAAACAGCUGGUUAAAAACAUCACAAUAAUUCACAAGUACUCCACACCACUCCAGUCCAUCAAUUGACAUCUUAAGAAAUAAAAAGCUUUGUAAGAAAUGAAAUAAGUGUUUGUACAAAACAAAAUAUGAGGCCAUAAUCCAUGAUAAUGAGUGAAAUGUGAAGUGUGAAAUGUCCAUCCCCUUUGGUUCUCUCACAUCAUAAUCCACCAAUAUAUUGAUCUGUGCAUAUUUCCCUCAUGAUUCAGAUGAAACGACUUUUGCUUGUGGAUUAAUGUGAUGUUUUUAUCAGCAGUUUAGACACUAAUUCUGACGGCACCCAUUCACUGCAAAGGAUCCGUUGAUGGUGCUAAAUUUCUCCAAACAUCUACAUCUUGGAUGGCCAGAUGGUGAGUCAUUUUUAAGCAAUUUUUUUUUUGGCUGAACUGUCCCUUUAAUACAAUUAAAAACAUUGCACUUCCUUGAUCCUUGUUGUGGGAUGAACUAAAUGAAUCAUUAAAUCAGUACUGAAUCGAUUCAUUAGAACACACAGUUUGAAUUAAAGCACAAAUGACUUUUAAAACUUUUACACAAUAUUUGAUACCUAGAAAUGCUAUUAAAAUCAUUUUAACAUUGCCAUACCUAUACAGUAUAGUAUAAUAUGUAUAGUAUAUGUAGGUUGUGAGGCAGGGAAAGAUUGAAAAACAAAUCUAAUGACACAAUCUGUAAGAAACUGGGUCUGUUUAGGAUUAAACAAUGCACCAUAAAAGUAUCAUAAAGAUAGUCUAAGUGACUUAUGUGCAAGACCCAUAUAAUAGCUUUGUGUUGCAGUGUUUCGCAAGGUUUGACAUUAUGAUGUCAAACAUUCUCACGUCUUGUUGACAUUUAAAUUGCACGAUGUGUCUUGAUGCACUUUGAUCCAAGAUUUUAGAUUUUAGUACACAAGGAUUUAUGCUUCAGAAUACUUAGAUUUGGACCAUAGGUUGCAUGGACUACAUUCAUGGUGCUUUUAAGUCAUUUUUUGUAGCUUGACAUUCCCAGUCCCCAUUGGAGGAAAAAAAAAAAGCCAAACUUCCUCUUUUGUGUUCAUGGAAGCACGAAAGUGAUACAGGUUUGGAACGACAUGAGAAUGAGUAAAUGUUGACGCUGUUAUCUUUUUAUGGAUGAACUAUUAUUAUAAAGUCUUGCACUUAAAAUUCAUGUUGGGAUUUUCCAAGAAGCUCAUGUAGAAGUGACUUGCCAUUUCCUUCUCAUAUGUAUUUUAUGUUUUGUUUUGUUUUUUAAAUUGAGGUCUUACUUACAUUACAUCGUGAAUUUCCUUUUUCACAAUGUUUGUUUUGAUAUAAAAAAAAAAAAGUGGUACAAGGUCCGUGUUUUCAGAAUCACAAACAUCUUGAAUGUUAAGCAUUACAGUGCCAAAGCUGGUCUAUGGCAAUUUGUAAUCAUUUUACAGUAUAAAGUAGCAAAGAAAAUAUUGCAUAACAGCACAAAACGUUAGUUUAAUUGAGUUAAGAAGUGAUUUGUUUGGGGUGAAUUUUAUGCUGUAUUUUAGGAGAUCUACAAUCUGCCAAAAAUGUAAUUGCCAAAAUGAUUUCUAACUUUAAAGUACGUAAUAGUGUCUCGGACAAUGGAUCUGUCUAACUAGCCAGCUAACGUGUAAUCUUCCGCUGCUGGAUCUUUUUCCUAAGCGGCUCUAAUACACAAACUUAUUCAAUUUUAGGCAAAGCUUUGCAAUGCUCAUAUAUUAUCAUUCUUGCCAAUAAGCAUGUUCAUGCUUUGCCUAGCCUUUUCAAACUGACCAAUUAUACUCAUACUGUGACCAACAUUUAAUACAUUAUAGAAUAUAUACCGACAGCUUAUUUAUGGCUAUUUGUAAAUGCAUUUUAAUGGUACAAAUUGUGUGCAAUCGUAUAAUCAUAUUUGGGGAGAUUUAACCUACAGUGACAGACACUAAAUGGGAUCCGUGGCUGGCCAACCGCAGUGCCUUCCGGUUUCAUCGAAAACACUGUGUUCGAUUCCACAAUAGAAAUAGGACAACACCAGCAACUGAAAGAUAAAUGUGGGUGAACUGCUUAACCAGGUACUGGUAAUAAAAUGUUAACAACUGCAAUAAAGUGAACUUGCUGAAUAAAGUUGUAUUGCAAUAACCAGAUCAUUACAUUGGGUGGAAUGUUUAAUUUGAAGGAAACAAGAAUGUAAGUUUAAUGUUUUCAAAUGAAUCAAUAAAGAGAAGCAUUCUCAGAAA